AUAGCUCUAUCUAUCUAGCUAGCUUUCCAGUAUGGAUUCGGAAACAGACAAAACAGUAGUAGAAGGAAGUUGCCUCAUUUGGCAAGAUCUGACGGUAACCCUCGCCAGCAAUAACUUCGGCAGCCGUAGUAAUGCCGGCUCGUCGCCGUCGACGAACAAGUGCUUGGUGAACGGUCUCACUGGUGUGGCUCAAUCUCACCGGAUUAUGGCCGUCAUGGGGCCUUCCGGCUCCGGCAAGUCCACCUUCCUCGACGCCUUGGCCGGGAGACUGUCGACGAAAGUUGCCAUGGCGGGGAAGGUCGAGCUGAUUAGGAAGAACAAGAACAAGAUCCGAAGCUCCCCAAUCACACCCAGAGACGUGUCCUACGUAACCCAAGAAGACGUUUUCUUGGGAACCCUGACGGUGAAGGAAACGCUCUACUUCGGCGCUCGCCUGAGGCUGUCGGCGGAGCUGACGAAGGCCGAGCUCGACGACGUGGUGGAGGAGACGAUGGACAAGAUGGGUCUCGAGGAAUGUGGGGACACCACGGUCGGGAACUGGCACCUGAGAGGGAUAAGCGGCGGGGAGAGGCGGCGGCUGAGCAUCGCCGUCGAGAUACUUGCCCAGCCGGAGGUGCUCUGCUUGGACGAGGCAACGACGGGGCUGGACAGCACGGCGUCGUUUUUCGUGGUCCAGGCGCUGCGCAACGUUGCGAGGAGCGGCAAGAUCGUUGUUUGUUCGAUCCACCAGCCGACCAACGACGUUUUCCGGCUGUUUGAUGAUCUGCUGCUCAUCUCUGCUGGGGAGGCUGUUUACUUUGGUGAAUGCCAGGGUGCUGUCAAGUUCUUUGCAGAUUCUGGGUUCCCCUGCCCGACUAGAAGAAACCCGCCGGACCAUUUCCUCCGGUGCAUUACUCCGGAGUUCGAUCAAGUCUUGGCAGCUCUGAAGCAGACGCAGCGAAUUAACGAUGCCGACCUCUCAGCAGCAGAUGGCUUGCUGAACGGGACAACAGCAGAGACCAGAGCAACCCUAGUGAACAAGUAUAAAUCGUCCACUUUUGCAGACACUGCGACGAAAAGGAUUCAAGAACUCGCAUUACUACUCAUCGCUGAAACGCAUUAUAAUGAUGAUGAUGAUAGCCAGAGUAGCAGUCAAGUUGUGCAUGUAAAGAAGAGGAAGCAGCGCCAUCAAUGGUGGAGCCAAUUCUGCACACUGACACACCGCUCCAUCUUGCACAUGUGCAGGGACCUCGGCUACUACUGGCUCCGGAUCUUCUUCUACAUCAUGGUGGCCCUCAGCACGGGGACGUUGGAGUUCGACAUUGGGACCUCCAGCGCUGCUGUCCUGGACCGGGGCAAGGUAGACGGGUUCCUCUACGGCCUCAUGAUUUGCUUGUCCAUCGGUGGCUUGCCUUUCUUCUUGGAUGAGAUCAAGGCCUUCCGUGGGGAGAGGGAGGGAGGGUACUACGGGGAGGCUGUAUAUGUGCUGUCUAACUAUCUCUCCUCAUUACCUUUCACCAUUUUCAUAUCGAUCUCGUCCGGAUCCAUACUAUACAGCAUGGUGAAGUUCCACCCGGGCUUCUCCCACUUGCUCUACUUCUGCAUCAACCUCUUCUUCUGCAUCUCGGUUUCAGAAGCCUGCGUCUUUUUCACCGCUUCUCUCAUAUCCAAUCCAUUGCCAGCCAUGGGUGCUGCAAUUGGAGUCACCGUGCUCAAUCUAAUGCCAUCAGUCGUCUUCCGGCCAAUACCAGACCUUCCCAAGAUCUUCUGGAGGUACCCUUUGUCCUACAUCAGCUAUGCUGCUUGGGGAACACAGGGCAAUCUGAAGAACGACAUGAUGGGACUGGAAUUCGAUUCUGCAAUACCUGGAAGGCCAAAGAUAACUGGCGAAUUCAUUCUGGAGAACAAUUAUGGUGUGAACCUAGGAUACUCCAAGUGGCGGGAUGUUGCAGCUCUCUUCUGCUUGCUGCUAGCUUACAGGGUGCUCCUAGUCUUCACCCUUCACUACAAGCAGAGAAUAUCAUCACCAUUCCGCAGAGUGCAACCCAAGAGAGAUCUCAAACCCACCACCAUUCAGCAAGCUUAACUGAAGAAUCAAACAUUCGGACAGCAACCCUGAAAGUGGAACGGCGAUAUACAACUGCAGUCUGCACAGUAUAUGCUAAUAAGUUGUUUCAAGUGAAAUUCACUGAUUCAAUAGUUGCGAUCUUUACCGUGUAAUGAAAAUCUUUAUGAAGCUGUGAAAUUAAAUUCACUGAUUCAAU